CUUUGAGAUUCUAGUUUUCCGAGUUUUCCUUUACUUAAUUUUUUAAAUAUCAUAUUCAUAGCUUUCGAAUUACUGAAAUACAUACUUCUUGGCUGCAGUUCUUUUCAAGUAUAUUAAACAUGUGGUCAGAUACAUUACUCAUUGUUUUUAUUUCGGUGUGCACGGCAUUUCUCGGAGAGGGUUUGACUUGGUUGAUGGUGUAUCGCACAGAAAAAUAUCAAAAACUCAAAACCGAAGUUGAAAAACAAAGCAAAAAAUUGGAAAAACGAAAGGAAAUCCAUGGGGAUUCGUUAGAUAAAUCCCAUAAAAAGAAAAUCGAGCGAGAUGAGGAAAAACUAAAAAAUAAUAAUCGUGACUUGUCUUUAGUAAAAAUGAAAUCAAUGUUUGCUACCGGUUUUGCUUUCACGGCUUUACUAAGCAUGUUCAACAGCAUUUUUGACGGGCGCAUUGUGGCACGCCUGCCUUUCACCCCUUUAUCAUGGAUUCAAGGAUUAAGCCAUCGUAACCUGCCAGGAGAUGACUACACUGAGUGUUCGUUUAUUUUUCUGUAUAUACUAUGCACAAUGUCGAUUCGACAGAAUAUACAGAAACUACUAGGAUUUGCGCCGUCGCGUGCAGCUAGCAAGCAAGCUGGUGGAUUAUUCGGGCCCACCCCAGGACAGUUCAAAUAAAACGUCAACUAUCAGUUAACGAGACAAAGAUUAACAGUCAACAAAACGAGGAGAAAAAUAAAUAUGCAGUUGAAUAGUUAUACAUUUAUGAAUCUAAGGUGAGCCAAAUUAGAUUCCUUAUUUAUUAGACUAGAUUUAAAUUUUACGUCGCUUGCGUAGCAUCGUUCAUCGUUCCAGGUUAAUCAUCAACUAACAAUCAUUCAUCUUAUGGUUAAUUCACUGCUUUCCGUCUGUAGUACGGUAAGGCCGCAAUGCGUGAAGAAUGCCAAGAAUUAGAAAUAGUCUAAAAUUUUGAAAUAUAUGUAAGUACAA